CUUCUCCUGAAUGGCCAACACUUGCCGUCAAUACAACUCCUAAUCCUCUGUCUGUCGGCUCUCAAGCAGUACAACGAAGCGCUCGCUCUUUGCGAGACGGCUCUCGAGGAAUAUCCCACUCAUCUCAUUGUGCUCUACAUUAAGGCACACUUAGAGGAAGUGGUGGGAGAGAGGGGUCGGGAGGAGGCGCUACUGACGGCCAAAGAAAUGCUGAACCAAUGGAAGUACGCCAACAGCGAAGAACACGACCGCAUGAGUCAUGGCUUCCAUUACUACCCGAACGCCAAUUACGACACCAUUUCCAUGAGAGUCGAGCAGACGUUGAGUGAAGUCGUGUCACUGGACUCGACGCCCGUCCCCACCGACGCCAUGAGCACCGCAACGGUGGGCCACAUGUCUGCGCACAACAACACUUCGGCCAAUCGCGCGGCCACUAAGCCGUUGUGGUCGCUGCAGAUGCACAUCUGGAUCCUCAUCGUCGAGCUGUUCCUGAGGUUGGGUCACGUGUCCGAAGCCGAGUCCUGUGUCAAUGAGGGAGCGCUCGGCAUAUUUGGCUCCCUUUCCCAUCAACUCAUGUACCUGAAGGGCAUUAUUUGCAAAGCGAAGGGCUGUCUGAUCGACGCGAAGACAUUCCUCCAGAACGCCAUAUCUAUAAACCCAAGACAUGCCAAAGCACUGCAACAAUUGGGUCACACCUACUAUCUGUUGGGCAAUCAGUUGGCGGCCGACAAGUACCUGAAGGACUCGCUCAACAUCGACGCCACUGUCCACCAGACGUGGGCUUAUAUGGGACUCGCCUUACAGGCCGUCGACGACCACGAGAGGGCCGCCGAGUGUCACCUGACGGCCCUUCAACUGGAGGCCACGGCUCCCGUCCUUCCGUUUAAUGUGAUUCCGCGCGCAGUCUUCGACUGAAAUCUGUAUAUGUUUUACUCGUUUAGUAUUAUUUCAAUUAGUUUUUGUGUAUUUUUCUAAUUUAACGUCA